UAUUCGUCUGCUAUAUGUACUCCAUGAAUUUCUGACUCGACUCUUGUCCUCCUCCAAUUCGACUAUUGUCGAGUCAAGUCUCUUCAAGCAAACGUCUACGCUACUAGAACUUAACCGAUUACAGGGAUACCCAUAAUGCCUAUGCUUGCCGAUCCCUCCAAAAAGUACAAACCGUACACACCACUCAAUCUUCCAGACAGACAAUGGCCCUCUAAAGUGGUCCGAAAAUCACCUAUAUGGCUAUCCACUGACCUGCGAGAUGGCAACCAAGCCCUCGCUAAUCCCAUGACAAUCGCGCAAAAGACCCUCUUCUUCGACACCCUGGUGAAAUGCGAGUUGAAGGAGAUCGAAAUUGCAUAUCCUGCUGCUAGCGAGACGGACUUUCAGUUUGUCAGAGGGUUGAUCGAAGGCAAGAAGGUACCCGACGAUGUAUGGAUUCAGGUUAGUGGAUUUCCGUGCUAGAUUCGUUGAAGAUCUUUCCAUCUCAUACGGAGAACACUUGAAUCCGUCGCAGGUACGAAACUCGCGAUUAUCCACAUGUACAACGCCACCUGCCCGUGUUUCCGAGACGUUGUCUUCCGGAAUUCUAAAGAGGAAACCAUAGCUCUUGCGAUCAAGCACACCAAAAUCAUUCGUGAACUCACCGAUGAGUACUCAGCCAAGUACGGAACUAGGUUCAAGUACGAAUACAGUCCGGAGACGUUCUCUCAGACCGAACCUGACUUUGCGCUGGAAGUGUGCGAAGCGGUCAAAGCGGCGUGGGGCAAGGCCGGCACUGGAGAUGAACGCAUUAUCUUCAACCUUCCUGCAACUGUUGAAAUUGCACCUCCAAAUCAUUAUGCCGAUCAGGUAGAGUACUUCUGCCAACAUAUAUCAGAAAGAGAGAAGAUCGCGAUCAGUCUACAUCCACACAAUGACCGAGGUCAAGGUAUGGCUGCCGCUGAGCUCGCUCUCCUGGCAGGCGGCGAUCGGGUUGAAGGUUGUCUAUUCGGAAACGGCGAACGUACUGGAAACGUUGACCUUGUCAACCUCGCCCUCAACUUCUACACCCAAGGCGUUUCACCGAACCUCGACUUCAGCGACAUUCAGAGUGUCAUCGAAGUUGUCACUGCCUGCAAUGAACUCCCCAUUCACCCCCGUCAUCCUUAUGCCGGAGAGCUCGUCUUCACUGCGUUCUCAGGAUCACAUCAAGAUGCGAUCAAGAAGGGCUUCGAGGCACAACGUAUUCGACAUGCAGAGGCAGCCAAGAAGGGAGAGCUUCAAUACUGGGAUAUUCCUUACCUGCCUAUCGACCCAGCAGACAUCGGUUGUACAUACGAAGCUGUCAUCCGUGUCAACGCUCAGUCAGGCAAAGCUGGUAUCGCCUAUCUAGUUCAGCAGCAUCUGGGUCUUGACCUCCCUCGGAAGAUGCAAGUCGCGUUCUAUCAAGUUGUACAGGAUAUUGCGGAUCGAGAAGCUCGCGAGAUGCGUCCUGAGGAUAUCACAACCGCAUUCAGGGAGACGUAUCAUUUCGGUAGUAGCAAAUACGAGGGACGAUUGGUUCUGAAGUCGUUCAAGAUCUCUUCAGAGCCGUCACCGGAUACAACUGGAAGCGACGAACAGCCUGCGGACGAACGCCGUCUAUUUGAUGGAACCAUCUCGGUGGAUGGCGCCCUGCGUGUUAUGCGCGGUGACGGAAACGGACCUCUGUCUGCUCUUCUGGACGCCCUCCGAACCCAUCUGGACAUUGAUUUCAUAAUUCGGGAGUACGCAGAGCACAGUAUAGGCGAAGGUUCCAAUGUCAAGGCUGCAUCGUACGUCGAACUUGUGCGCGGCGGACAGGACAUCAAGGAUGCGAGAAAAGCAACUGAAUCGUGGUGGGGUGUUGGAGUCGAUUCUGAUAUCGCCGGCUCAGGUUUGCGCGCGGUCUUGAGUGCUGUUAACAGCGCCAUUGGCGACCGCGAGCUUCCUGAGCUCAAACUCAACGUCGGGUUCAAUGCCAAGUCCGCUCAAUCGGACGUCGCAAACGCGAUUCUCAACUCCUUGCAAUUGGAGCUCCCUCGGCGUUUGCAAGGCUCUUUUUUUGAGGUUGUUCAGCGUGCCGCUCGCGGUACAGGCGGGGAGCUGUCCUACUCAGAUCUCAUCAAAGUCUUCCGUGAGACGUACAACUACGAGCAACCGGAUCCUAAUGCCAAGAUUCAGCUUAAGAAGUUCAAGAUGAAGAGCGUUGGUGACAAUGGGCACAAGAACUUUUCGGGACAAUUCAUAUGGGAUGGACAGCCUCGCGACCUCACUGGUCAGGGGAACGGUUCACUGUCUGCCAUCCUCACCGUUCUGAACUCACAGAUUGACGGAACGCUCUCAGUGAGAGAAUACGCAGAACACUCCAUCGGCGAAGGUUCAGAUGUACAAGCUGUCUCGUACGUCGAGUUAGCCUACAAUGUCGAGGGUCAGAAACGAAGGACGGCAUGGGGAAUUGCGACGGAUACUGAUAUCACGGCGUCGGGUUUGAGGGCGGCUGUCUCGGCUGCGAACAAGUUGGGUAUUGUUCAGAAGCAGUAGGUGUGCGUUGGAAGGUAGAAGGAGGAUAACUGCUGUAUCUUUUAGCUCUUGUAUUCUUGGAAACAAAGUUUCCGCGUGUGGCGGUAUUGGCCUAUCUGAUCUCCCUCGGUCUGAUCCUCAGCUGUGUUAUUUCAUCAGGUAUAUCGCCCUAUUUACAACAGUACCAUAUAACAUCUCAACAAGCAACAGCUUAGCAAAACAUUAGCUGUUCGGACGUGACAACGUCUUCAUGAGUUUGGCCGUCUACGGUUUUGUUGACCGAGAACCAUCUUUCGCCCGCUUGUAUACCGCCGCUUACGAUUUCACAUUCCACAACCUCUUCCAUGGCGGGACCCCAAUAUAUGAACUUUUCGCCGUCUCGGGUGAAGAGAUUGUAGCAACCAGCCGGCACCACUUCACGUCCUUCGUGAACAUCGACUCCCUGAGUAACGGUCGUGACCGAAGGUGGCACUAGAGAACCAUGAAUCCCAGAGAAAUAUGACGGGUGGUGUUGACCG